UGGCCUUGUAAGGAGAACGAUAGCAUUUUUGCUAUGCUCUGGCGCUGUGCUAUUAUUUUAGAAACGACACGCAUGCUACGUAUGAUCUCGAUUUUCCGGUGGAUGUUUGACCGUGCCAUGCAUCCUCCCUCAGCUCGAGCCCCUGCACUGGUGUGUUCUGCUUUGAACUGACUCUACCAGAUGACAUAUGCUUCUCCUACAAGUUUUAGUAGACCUGAAACGCGUAUCGCUGGACGUGGGAUGCGAAUGGUGUCCGAGUUCACUCUGGAAGAGUGGUUCUACUGCAAGCGUUAUCGAUAUCAGUGCUCGAUGCGUAAUCCGACUCCAACUAUCGGGUGUCGAAUGACCUUGACAGGAAUAAACUGAAGUGUGUCAGUCAUCUUGAGCUCGGGUUCGAAAGGUGGAUCUUAGGCGAAGAGUUGUGUUUAGGGGUUGGUUGACUCCAAAACAUCACGUAGUCGCGAGACGCAGAUUUUGGUGGGCCGCACUGAUCGGAGGCUAAGUGUAUAAAAGUCUCUUUUCUUGAUGAUUAUUCAUCUCAUCAGGAUGCCUCUCAUAGCCCGUCUACCGUGCGUUCAUCUACGUACACUUCUGUCACAGCCGAUCACCAAGCAGUGCAUACCGUGCUUCACGGAGAACCCACCUUCAGAGAACCCACCUUCGUCAACGAGCACCCAUAAAAGACAUAAAGCACUAAGCAUCUCGAACUGAUCCGCCCGUUCUGUCUCUCAUCUUCACUAUCCCCAUGUCGCCCUCUCUUCCAAAGGCCUACAAGGCUGUCAUCAGCCCUGCUCCUCACCAGCCGUUCGAGGUCGUCGAACGCAAACUCCGCGACCUUCAACCCGCAGAAGUUCUCAUCCGAGUUCACGCAUCCGGUAUCUGCAACUCAGACCACUUCGUUCACGAAGGCUCUUGGCCGGGGCUCUCUUAUCCUCUGGUCCCCGGCCAUGAAGUCAUCGGCCGCAUCGCUGCUGUGGGCUCUGAGCUCAAGGACGACAUGAGGCUCAAGGAGGGGUCAUUGGUGGGAGUGGGAUGGAAUGGCGGAUGGUGCGGUAGAUGUGAAUGGUGUAGAAAGGGCCAGUUUUCUUAUUGCGUCAAGGGUGAGGUCACGGGGUUCACACGGGAUGGAGGACAUGCGGAAUACAUGUACGCACCUGAGACUUCGGUGAUCAGUGUACCUGAAGAGGCCCUCAAGGACGCAACAUACGCGGAACUUGCGCCAUUGUUCUGCGCUGGUACAACUGUGUUCGACGCCAUCAGACACUGUACUUGGGCUCCUGGUGAUAUCUGUCUGGUUCAAGGUAUUGGCGGCCUUGGCCAUCUUGCCGUUCAGAUGGCUUCCCGGAUGGGUCUCAAGGUCAUCGCCUGCUCCUCCGGCUCCGCAAAACGCGACCUCGCGCUCUCCCUCGGCGCGACUGAAUACCUCGACUCAUCUGCGACGGACGUACCCGCUUACCUCCAAUCCCUCGGCGGCGCCGUUCUCGUCCUCUGUACCGCCCCCUACGCAAAACACAUCAACUCAAUUCUGCCUGCCGUUGCGAAAGAUGGCACCAUCAUGCUCGUCUCCGCGGCCACCGACGGAAAGAUCGAGGUCGACAACCUGUUCCUCAACAUGAACCGUGCGUCCCUCAGAGGAUGGAGUUGUAGAGCGGCGCCAGACUCCGAACAGAUGGUGAAGUUCUCGGCAGAGAAGGGAGUUAAGGCAUUAGUUCAGGAGUUUAAGAUUGAGGAUUUUGAGGGGGCAUAUCAAGGCGUUGUGGCGAACCAGGCGAGGUUCAGGAACGUUGUGGUGUUUCCUUGAAAGAUGUACAUACAAUGCGCCUUGAGAAGAGGUUAGAAUGUUGAUGGUUUGCACUGUUGUGGCAUUCUAUACGAUAUUU